UGAGUCAGCUGUGUGCUGGUGGCAGGAGGCCUGGCGUUGGCCUGGCAGAUGGAUCUGCUUUGGUGCUGGGGGCUGGUAUUUGGUAGUCCUGGCCAUGAGCAGAUGUCUCUAGCUGCUGUGGGCCCAGCCAGACGAGCACAUCUGGCUCCUGGUCACCCACAAAGAUGGUGAUGGCUGCCCUGCUGCUCCUCAGGCAGGAGCGUCUGGCCAGCAGUGACACAAGUGCCAUGCGUCCUUCUAGGGGGAUGGUGCCAUCUUGAGUCUCUCACUUCUUUUUCUGAUGUUUUUGCUGACUGAAGCCAGAGCUGAACUGCAGAUUUUUUCCAGCCAGGCACUGGGUUCAAGCUUGCUUCUGGUGGUUGUGAGAGGUGUCUUGUGUUGUGCUGGAGACAUUCAGAUGUGGUAGUGAUGGAGAGCCAUAUAUAAAUACAGAUAGGUGGGUUGUGUCAUGAGCUGAUGGAAAUCUGUGCUGUCAGCAGGAGCAAUCAGGGCUGCUUAACAUAAAUGGCUAGACAGCUCUGGAGAGAUUAGCCGGUAGUACAGGGCAGGGGUGAUCUGAUUUAUGUGGCGGACUUUUCUGUCAAGGAGUCACAUGCAAGCUAAACAGAGAAGGUGAUUUUGAUUAUAGAUGUCAGGGACACCGCAGUGGCUCUUGCCUGCUCAGGCAUGAGUGAAUUUCUUUUUCAGGGCAAAGGAUCUGGGGUAAGAAACUUGAGUUAGAUUUGCUUUUGGUAGAGAGUGAGCCUGGAGCCUGGGGCGUUAUUUAUGCUCAGACACCCUGGAAGUAGCUGUCUUCAGACAAGCGCCUGCAAAGGGAUGUAAAACAACGGUUCAAACCUCCCACCACUGAAGACGGUGUGAGAGGAACACGCUCCUCUUCUUCCUGUAGCUUCCUCUGGGUGUUGGCAGUCCAGAACACGUUUGCCUUUGAAAAGCAAGUUUUUGUGGCGUUAGGAGCUUUCUCAGUGCUGCCCCUCCUGUUAGGCCGCUCUGUGGCUGCGUUCGGCAGCGCAAGCGGGGCUCUGCCCCGUCCCGGAGGGUGAGAAGGCCGCAGCCAGGAGCGCUACCCGGCACAGGGGCGGUGGUCUUCGGCACCCGGGCCGGCCGGCUCUCCGUGCCCCGCUCCCUCGGGGGCCGCGCCGCCCGGGGGGCCCUGCGGCACGGCGAGGGGGCGCGGGCUCAGCCCGCCGGGGCGGGGCAGCGCCGGGCCCCUAUUGGCCGCUCGGGGGCGUGUCCCCGGCGCUGAUUGGCUGCCGCCGCGGCCGCGGGGUGUCCCGGCCGCCGGCGCUCCCACGGCUCCAUUGACUGCGCGGAGCCGCCGGCAGCGGGACCGGACCGGGCGGGAGGCGAUGAGCUGCGGCGAGCUUUUCCAGGUGUAUAGCGCGCGGGCCGUCGCGCCCCCAGCCAUGCCCGUGGACCUGGCCAUGCGGCUCUGCGGGAGCCACUCGCCCCCCAUCCGCAAGCUGCUGAACUCCUACGAGGAGCUACGGGGCAACCGUGGGCGCAAACCCCUCCGGUCCUGUCUCAACCAGAAACUGAGUGCAGAGCCCGAGCGGCGAGACAGCACCAAGAGCUCAAAGGGCCAGAAGAAGAAGAGAGUCGUGUUUGCUGACAUGAAAGGGCUCUCACUGACGGCUGUCCGCUUCUUCUCAAAGAUCGAGGAGGACCUCUGUGACUUACAGCAUGCCCUGUCUGACCUUGCCUGCUUCCGACCUAGGCUGCAGGACUUGUGCCCAGAAGUGUGCAGGUAUGUGCUGGACUUCCCUCAGCCCUCUGUGGACUACACGACUUUCCGCAGCCGCCUACACAGCAACCUUGUCUGCCUGGAGAACUGCCUGAUCCAGGACCGUGCCCUGUCAGGGACAGUGAAGGUCAGAAACAUCGAGUAUGAGAAGAAGGUGAUGGUCCGCAUCAGCUUUGAUGGCUGGAAGAGCUUCCGGGACAUCUCCUGCCGGUACAUGCAUAGCACAUAUGGCUCAGCUGACACAGACAUCUUCUCUUUUGAGCUUGCCCUGCCCAAGCCAUCCAUUUCCUGCAGGGCCACAGAGUUCUGCAUCUCUUUCCAGUGUGGGCAGAACACCCACUGGGACAACAACCAUGGGAGGAAUUACAGGAUCUGCCACACAGGCAUGAUUUGCUCUCCCUCCCAUGCCGUGAAGAGUUCCAGCAGGGCCUGGGAGCAUCUUGGCACUUCUCGGGCUGCCGCCCUGGUCCUUUCUCACUUGCAGACCUGGCGGCGCUCAGAGACCCAGGCUCCUUAUUGGUAGGAAAUCAGCGUGGGGAGAGGUGUAGGUCCCUUCUGUGUUCUCAUUAUGGUGCAAGGGUCUUUGGGGAGGGGUCAGCUGCAGAAGAUGCUGCUCACAGGUGUUCUUAUUAGCUCCUCCAUGUGUCUGGCUUGUUGCCAUACAAGCAGCUGCUGGCCUCUGUGGAAGCUUCUUCACUGCUGGCUCCUGCCGUUGAGGCUAGAAGCUGCUGCUGGGUGUAAGUCCUGCCCCUCAGUUCUCAAGGCGAUGCUGCUGUGAGAGUAGGGGGGUGACAAAGGGAUGGCUGAGGCCUGCGGACCCCAUCUCUGCUUUGGGCGAGAGCCAGCCCUGUGAGCCACGGGGGUCCUGGUGCUGCCCAAGUGCCUUGUGUGGAGUGGCUGGGGUGGGGUGUGCACCCCCCAGGGCCUGGGGUCUCGGCAGACCUCCCAGCUUGCAGCCGCCCUGCCAGCCUGCCGCCGUGGGCACUCCCCGAGCCACGGUCCCCAGGAGGGCUCGCCGCGGGGGUAGCCGUGCGGUCACUGGGCGGGGCGGGGGGCGGCGGGGUCGCGUCCGGUCGCUGGUGCUGUAACGGGGAGUUAAUAAAGUG